CAUGAGGAAAGGUCUGUCAAACAAGUACUUAAGAUGGCUCAAAGUACUGUGGCGCGAGGUUGUUGAUGUAUGAGCGCUCCCGCUACGCCCACAUUCCAAAGACGACGCACGCGGUUUGCGACUUUGAGCCCAUUAUACGCUACAACUUGUACACCGCAACAACAGCGGUACAGUAUGGCUACCCGACUGUUCAUCCUGAGCACCACACUGUUCUUGCCAUUGGUGUGCUCUGCGUCCUUCUAUCGUGCGUUCUGCCUGAAGCGCCAGAAGGAUCAUCACCUGAGGUGUACAAUUCAAAUCAAUGAUGGCAGCAACAGUCUGUUCACCGGACAGACUUCGAUCGAGGGGAACGGGUUUCCAGCCAAAGACACCAGUGCCUUGGAGAGCUUUGUUCCAUCGGUGGAUAUUAGCUCGACAGCCGUGGGAGGUGCUGGCAAUAUCGUCUCCUAUACCACAAGUUUGAACCAGCUCACGAUCGAUCGUACAAUGGAUGCAUACAGGCCAGCACUAUUCGGCUAUGCUGUCAGGAGCACUUCCCUUACUGUAACACUGGGUUACGCCGCCGUGUCUGCAGCCAACCCUACGAACUCUUUGCUGGUAGUCUACAUUUUCGGCAACGCGCAUAUAACGAAUCAAGCCCAGGCUGGUUCGAACGGCUGGCCUGCGGAGACGUUGACUUUCUCGUAUCAGCAGAUGACGAUGGAAGUUAUGUCUUAG